AUGCUUUGCACAAUCUGUAACGUCAUCAAGGUUCAAAUGCCCUUAAGCCUUAACUAAAAAAAUUGCAUUUAUCUCAUUUCGUCAUCUUAUUAAUAUAAAAAAACAAUUUUGUAUGUAUUCAAUUGAUUCUAAAUAUAAAUAGAAAACUAACACCGGAAAAAUAAUAAUAAAUACAUUUUUUCUGCAAUAAAAUUGAUGAUUGCGCAAUAGACCAGCCGGCAUUGGAAGUUAUUAUCUAACUUUUUUAAUCGUUAUUGUUAGCAGAUAAAAAAAAGAAACAAGUAACUUAAAAAUUAACAUAACAGGUAUAUUAUAUUGAUCAAAGGACAUAUGAGUCAACAACUCAUGAAUCGCGCCAUUUUUGCGUCUGGACGCACAACGAUCACUUCUUUCGUACGAGGAAUUCACGUGUCUCCAAGAAACAUGGUUAUUGCUGUCGGUGACAAAAUCCCUUCGGUGGACAUGUACGAAAAUUCGCCUGCAAAUAAGGUGAAUUUGGUGAAAGAAGGAGCCGGUAAAAAGAUUAUUGUUUUCGCUGUUCCUGGUGCUUUUACUCCAGGAUGUUCCAAGACACAUUUGCCCGGUUACGUGCAGAAAGCUAGUGAAUUAAAAUCAAAGGGAAUCGCAGACAUAUAUUGUAUCGGAGUGAAUGACGCCUUCGUCAUGGCUGCUUGGGGAAAAGAUCAAGGGGCAGAAGGAAAGGUACGAAUGCUCGCUGAUCCAUCGGCAGCUUUCACAGACGCUCUAGAAUUGUCAGUGGAUCUUCCUCCGUUGGGCGGAAAAAGAAGUAAACGUUAUUCAAUGGUUGUUGAAGAUGGUGUUGUAAAGGAAUUAAACGUCGAGCCAGAUAACACAGGACUUAGUUGCUCAUUAGCUGACAAAAUUAAGGCGUAAUUUAUCUUUUUUCGUUUUUGCAAAUUCUUUAAAACACUUACUGCCAAAAAAAACUAUAAUUACAUUAUUAGUUACGUGUUAAAAUAUGUCAACGUUAUAAUUUUGAAAGUAAAUGUAUCCAAGAACUUUUUCCAAUUUUCUUUCCAAAGUUUUUUCUAAAUUUUUUCUCUGUAUUGUAUUUCUUUCUAAUAUAUCGAUUUAUAUAAUAAAUCAAUAAUUUUUUAUUAAAUAACAUAUUUUCUUUUAAUCUCAAAGAUUUAUUCAAAUUUCUCUUUUUGUAAUUCUUUUUGUUUGUUAAAUUUACGAUUUAGUAAAAUUACAUUUUCUAUAGAAAUUUAUAAAAUCUCAUUCACUUUCUUUCUCCACUGUAAUUUUAUGAGAUAUGCAAAACUCAUUUGUAAAUUAGAUAUACAUAUAGUAAUAUGUACCUUAUUUUAUAUUCUGAAUGAAAUAAAAUUACUUCUUACAGUAGAAAA